AUGGCAUCACCAAAUUUCAGAUACAAGGGGCCCAAUGCAUGCCAGUUAUCAAUCCAGAGAAAGGUAGAGAAACCAUCACCAAUAGUAUAUUUAAUCCAAGUGUUGCCAAUGGAGGUCACUGUUAGGUCAACAAGGUGGGCUUACCAGAAUAGCCUUACUCCAUCAGAAUAUAUCCAGGCCAUGCUCAUGGAAUUGGAAGAUCUAGAUAAGGUUAGGUUGGCAGCCUUUGAUCAUAUGGUGGUCCAAAAGCAACGGGUGGCCAAGGCCUAUGACAAGAGGGUCAGGAGGAAGAGCUUCUCAGAAGGGGAUUUGGUCUGGCAGACCGUGUUGCCGUUAGGAACGAAAACCCCCAAGUAUGGGAAAUGGUCUCCAACAUGGGAAGGGCCUUACCAAAUUGGUCAAGUCUUUAGAGGUAAUGUUUAUCUCCUUAUGGACUUGGAUGGUAAGGUGCAUACACUAUCAAUGGUAAGUUUUUGA